AUGGCUUCUACCUACCGCAACUUCCUAACCAGUGUCCCAUGGCUCAUCCUGUGCCUGGAAGCUGUUUGCAUGGUCCUCUUUUUCUUCUUAGGGUUUGACAUAUCACCACUCAUUCCCUACCCAGCUUUUCAAGAUGUCAACCACAUGAUGGUGUUUGGAUUUGGCUUUUUCCUGACAUUUCUGAAAAGAUACGGGUUUAGCAGCACUGGAUUCAACCUCCUGAUCAUUGCAGUUGGUGUCCAAUGCUCCGUUCUGGUAGAAGCUUUAUUACAUUUCCUUAUUGGAGGGUCAAGCUGGUUUGAUGAUAGUCUGAAAAGAAUAACACAGGCUUCUGUGAGUAUGACUUCUGUGGUCAUCUCCACUGGAGUUAUUCUUGGAAGGGCUAAUCCUCUGCAGUUGAUUCUGAUGACAGUUGUGGAGAUCAUAUUUUUCCAUAUCAGCAGAUGUAUCAACACGUUAUACCUGGAGGUUCCAUAUUCUAACAGCCUGAUGCAUGUUCACCUGUUUGGAGCCUACUUUGGUCUGGCAGUCUCCUCACAAUUCCCUGAGCCAUCCCCAAGGGCUGAGAAGAGUUCAAGUACCCCCAAGUCAGAUUUAUUCUCCAUGUUGGGUACUCUCUUUCUCUGGGUGUUCUGGCCAAGCUUCAAUUCUGUGCUCUUUAGUAACUACAGGCAGACAGCAAUCUACAACACCUACUUUGCCCUUGCAGUGAGUGCUGUGACUGCCUUCGUGUUGUCUGUUCUGACCACAAAGGAUGGAAAGUUCAGAAUGACUGAUAUCCACAGUGCAGCCCUCGCAGGCGGCGUCGCUGUUGGUUAUGCAAUGGGCAGCAUCCAGCAUCCUUGGAUUGCCAUGAUUUUGGGUCUGCUGGCCAGUGUGAUAGCCAUAUUAGGAUCUUCCUGCUUACAGAGAUGCUUGAAUCCUGCUCUCAAGAUCCAUGAUGCCACUGGAGUUCAUUUCACUUUUGGCUUGCCUGCGGUGCUUGGGGGUCUUGCCCACCUCCUUCUCGUAGGAAUAGAAGGAUGGAUUAAUAUAUCAAGCUUGGGUUCUUUGGUCAUGACUCACCUUGGUGCCAUCUGCCAGACCAUCAGUGUUGCCUUGGUAACAGGUUUUAUUACAGGUUUAAUAUUAAAUCUCAGACCAUUUAAGACCACACCUGUAUCAAAGUACUUUGAUGACCAGUUUUACUGGGAGUUUCCCCAUUUGGCUGUUGGAUUUUGA